UGGAGCUGCGGCUGGGAAAGCAGGAAGGAAAGGGAGAGGUGCGUGGGCAACGUGGACGAGCACAUGGACAUGUACCUUCUUUUUUUUCUGGCAUCCUCCCUCUUUUUUGGAGUGAUCAGUUCCAGUCCAGUCCCAAGAAAGCUUUUUGGGGAGAUUAGAUCCCCUAAUUUUCCCAGGCCAUACCCCAACAACAACAUCAGCAACUGGGAUAUCCUCGUUCCAAAAGGCUUUGUGGUGAAGCUGACCUUCAGACAUUUUGACCUGGAGCCAUCCGAGUCUUGCUUCUAUGACUAUGUUAAGAUCACAGCAGACAAGAAGAACCUAGGCCGAUACUGUGGCCAGCUUGGGUCAACCACAGGCAAUCACCCUGGAAUAAGGGAGUUUGUAUCUAAGGGGAACAGGAUGCAUCUGGCAUUUCACUCUGAUUUCUCCAAUGAAGACCAUGGCACAGUCAUUCCCUACAAGGGCUUCCUGGCCUAUUACCAAGCUGUGGAUAUAGAUGAGUGUGCCUCUAACAAUGCUGCUGGGGAAGAUGAGAGACCUGUGUGCCAGCAUUUCUGCCACAACUAUGUGUCUGGCUACUUCUGUUCUUGCCGGCCUGGCUAUCAGCUUCAGAGUGAUCAGCACUCUUGCAAAGUGGAGUGCAGCAGUGAGUUGUUCACAGAGGCAUCUGGGUACCUGAGCAGCCCUGAGUACCCCCAGCCCUAUCCUGAGGACCUCCAGUGCAACUACAGCAUCCGUCUGGAGAAAGGCUUGUCUAUCAUUCUCAAGUUCUUGGAACCCUUUGAGAUUGAUGACCACCAGCAAGUCCACUGUCCUUAUGACCAGCUCAAGAUCCAAGCACAAGGGAAAGAGAUUGGUGAAUUCUGUGGCAAGGCGUCACCCGGCAGCAUUGAAACCAACAGCAAUGAGGUGGAUAUACUCUUCCUCACUGAUGAGUCAGGGUUCAGCCGUGGCUGGAAGAUCCACUACACCUCAGAGAAAAUCCGGUGCCCACAGCCUGUGCCAGGGGAUCAGUUUACCAUCAUCAGAGACCUGCAGCCUGUGUAUCAAUUUCAGGACUAUUUCAUUGUCAGCUGCAAGACUGGAUAUAACCUGAUGAAGGGCAACCAGAAGCUGCGGUCUUUCACUGCUGUCUGCCAGGCUGAUGGAACAUGGCAUCAAUCAAUGCCUCGCUGUGAGAUUGUUAACUGUGGCAACCCUACAGAACUGGCCAAUGGAGCAUUUCGUUAUAUUAACAAACCGGCAAGCAACAGCUACCAGUCAGUGAUCACGUAUCAGUGCAAUGCGCCAUACUACCACAUUGUCACCAGAAAAGGAGGUGAAAGAUUCACCUGCUCUCCUGAGGGAACUUGGGUGGAUCAAGAUGGCCAGGGGAAGAUUCCUAUCUGUUUGCCAGUGUGUGGAAAGCCAGUCAAACCUGUUACUGAAGUCCAGCGGAUCUUGGGCGGCAGGUCAGCAAAGAAUGGCAACUUCCCUUGGCAGGCUCUGACUGGCAUACAUGGACGUGGAGGUGGUGCACUCCUAGGCAAUCGGUGGAUCUUGACCGCGGCCCAUACUAUCUUCCCCAAAGGUGCAGGACUGAGCAAUAAAAGCCUGGACGAAGUAGCAGAGAAGGCUAACAUUUUCCUUGGCCACACUCAGGUAGAAGAGCUCCACAAGAUGGGUAACCACCCUGUACACAGGAUCUUUAUCCAUCCAGAUUACAACCCGGAAGAUGAGUACAACUUCAAUGGAGACAUUGCACUGCUGGAGCUGAAAUACCCAGUAACCCUGGGCCCUACCAUUCUGCCCAUCUGUCUUCCAGAUGCUACCAACACAACGUUCUAUUUGGAUGGGCAUGUGGGCUAUGUAAGUGGCUUUGGUGUUGAAAAAAAUUUUAUUUCAAAUCAUUUGAAGUAUGUAAACCUGCCAGCAGUUGCUCGGGAGAGGUGUCAGAGAUGGCUAAAUAGUUUGAACAGAGAGAUACCUAUGGUUUUCUCUGAGAACAUGUUCUGUGCUGGCUCCCUCAUAGACAAAAAGGAUACCUGCCAGGGGGACAGUGGGAGUGUCUUCACAGUUCUAGAUACAGAGAGUGGUCGCUGGGUGGCUACAGGUAUUGUUUCUUGGGGUAUUGGCUGUGCCCAAGGUUAUGGUUUCUAUACCAAGGUCCUCAACUACUUGGACUGGAUCAAAGGGAUAAUAAGGGAGGACAGGCUCUGAAUGCUGCUGUCCUUACAGCCGAAGAAUCCCUGAUAGCGUAGGUUCCCAGACUCAGCAAGUCCUGUCUGACGCUCAUGAUGAUGUCACAAAGGCUUUUCGGGCACACGGAGCGUGUUGGCCUCAUCGUGAAGGCUUCUGGAGGCCACCGCAUUGUUUAAUUCUUGGUGGCAUCAUCAAAACUCGCCAAAGCUGCUGUCCCAUUGGCUGAAGCCUUUGGGGACAUUCUAAUUAUUUCAGAUGCAAUCUAACUAUAGGAUGUAGCGUUACCACUAUCGGCAAAUUUCGUUACAUCCAAGAUGCUAUUGUCUGAAUAGCAUAUUGUCUGAUAUCAUAAGGCUACUGCAGUCUACUUCGCUGUGGCAUGGGAAGCCUGCAGCACAGCAGACCUUCUUGAAGGAUGUAGUACUUUGCGCUGAGUACAGUCUGCAUAUGCCUGUUGGCAUCAGUGAGAUUCUAUCAAUAUUAAAAUCAUUGCUAUAGUGA